GCUGCCGCAUCUAUGUAUUUAUUUGCCGCUAUCUCCUUGCAAUUAUUUUCCAAUGGCAAAUUACUAGAUUUAGAAGGGGAAUUAUUUGAUUCUUGCAGAAUAUGAAGAGAUGUGAUAUGGCUUUGGGCUACCUUUUAAGCAUAUUCUUAAUUCUGGGUGCUGGCCAUGCCCAAAUAAACAUCGAUAGCAAUGAACAAUUUCACGAGGAGCUGGUGAUACGUCCUUUGGCCGGGGAUCAUGUCAACACAUAUUUCCAGUUUACCACUCGUUGGCAUUAUGGAGAAAAUGAGAGUCUAUUUCACACACAACUGACGCCGCGUGUUAUUGCCGAGCUGUUGCAGCAAUUCGACGUGAAGGAGCUACACAUUGGCCUCACCCAGGGCUUGUGGCGUUACGAGACCUGGGGCUAUCCUGUGGUAGAGACAACUGGCGGUGCCGAAAUGUGGGCCUGGUUCAAUGGACCGAAUCUAACCGACCAGGAGGUUAAUCGCCAAUGGACACAAUUGGCGAAUGUCUUCUCCGGUGUUCUGUGUGCAUCGCUCAACUUUGUGGAUCAAACCAAUAGCAUAGCACCCAAAUAUUUGUUACGCCCGCAAUUCAUGAGUGGCGGCGGCGAUGAGAACCAGUCGAAAUUCAUACGUUAUUCCAGUUUGCCCAGAGAGAUUGUAUGUACAGAGAACUUAACGCCUUGGAAGAAAUUAUUACCAUGCGGCAGUGCCUCCGGUUUCGCUUCACUUCUAAACUCUGCCUAUGUCCACAAUACUAAAUUCCAUUCAUUGGGCCUCACUGUGCGUACGCUAUGUGAGCAUCCCGAGAAUUGUGUCCUGGAAUUAACCCAGACGGCGAAUUUGGUCUACGAUUUAAGGCUGCUGGAGCAAUCGACUGGAGAUUUUUCAUUGCGUCGUUUAUUUGGCAUGGGUCUAAAUGGAUAUUGCGAGUUGGCUGGCAGCAGUCAGAUAUAUGUCCAACUUAACGAGCAGGGUCAGAGAUAUCAAUUGGUACCAGAGCCAACAAAGGAGAUUAAGACGACACGUGGCGGCCACACUGUGAUCUACGGUGUCUAUGAUAUGCAAAAGCAAUUCGAAGGUCAGGGCGAACGUCUAUUCAACAUUGCAUGGGUGACGCCCAAGGGUGACCGCAAGCAGCGUCUAGGCGGUGGCCAGCAUCAAUUUCUCAUCCCACCACCCCUAAAUGUCCAUCGCUAUUUGCUGGGUCAGGGCCAGGAGCGUGGUCGCAUUGCCACCGAGUUGACCAACAAUCAUUACGAGCCGUUGCCCAUUCUGUUGCAGGAGCUAAUACCUUGGUAUGUCCAUGCCUAUCUGCAUACCCUACGCAUACGUUCGAGAAAUUUGCAAAGACAUGAGUACACCAACAGCAAGAAGGAUUUGCCAUUCCAAGUGCUGCACUAUGCCCCCGGCAAGCAACGUGAGUUGCCUACUCAUCUAGAGAUUGCAUUCGAACUGCCUCCCAAUAGUGCGGCCCUUAUAACAAUUGAAGUCGAUUAUUUGCUAUUGAAGUGGCUGGAAUAUCCCCCAGAUGCCAAUCAUGGCCACUAUAUCGGUUCGGCUAUAUUAAGCACCCUAUUACCAAUUGCUCGCAACUAUACAGCCAUUCCCAUCGAUGGUCAUCUCUUUGAGCAUUCGUUUAAUGCCACCCGACCGUCCUAUGUAUUGAGUCUUCAUACCGAAGCAUUAAUUGUAUCGUUGCCCACACCGGAUUUCAGUAUGCCAUACAAUGUCAUUUGUUUGGCCUGCACUGUGGUGGCCCUGGCAUUUGGUCCUAUUCACAGUGUGGCCACCAAACUGAUAAUUGUCGAGCGUCAGUCGGCGGCUCCCAAGAAUUUCUUGAAGAAAAUCAUUUUCAAGCUAACAAAGAGGAAAAGUAAUUCCCAACAACAACAACAACAGACUGAGGAGGAUAAAGCCAUUGGUGGAACGGAAACAGACAUUGAUCCCACAGAUCAACGCGAAUCGUGAUCAUUACAUAUUCCAAAAAUAUAUGUUAUCAACUAAACAAAAA